GUUUUCUGGAACGGGGUCUGAUCAGUCUAUCAGCCGAUUACUUUUCCUCCUUUCUCAUUACACUCGGCUGUUUUCUCUCCCACUCCCCUCCAUUUCAUCUAAUUUUCUCUGGGAAUCCAGAAUUGGAAAUAUUUGCAAGAUAGGAGGGAGGUUUAUUCUCGGCGAGCUUCAAUAAAUCUACCUAGGUUUUCUAGCAUUUGGGGGUUUUGCUCAUUGAGUGGUUAGGGUUUCUCAGCACUGUGCUAUAAUCUGGCCACUAAUCCAAAGUGGAAAUCUCUGUGGAUGCCAUGAAAGGAGGAAGAAAGAAUCUGAAGAGGGCAGCAGGGGAAGAGACCUUUACUCUUCAACAAGGCCAGAGCAUCGUGCAAGUCAUCUCCCUCCGGGGUUCCAACCUCAUUGAGGUUAUGGAUGCAAAAGGUGAAAAUGCAUUGGCAUUGUUUCCAGCUAAAUUCCAGAAGAGCAUGUGGAUAAAGCGAGGGAGCUUUGUUGUGGUUGACGAAAGUGGAAGAGAAGAGGCCAUUGAUUCUGGUAGAAAAGUGGCAUGUAUUGUUUCUCAAGUCCUCUUUCAUGAGCAACUUCGUUUCCUUCAGAAAUCUCCAGAAUGGCCAGAAAAUUUCAAAUCCUCUAUCAUAGACAAUUCAUGGGAAAAAGUGGAGGGAGACACUUCCACGCAGGAUGAGACUGAACUCAAGUUAAGUGACGAUGGCGGUGAACUUACUACAACGGAUGAUGAUGAGCUCCCACCGAUAGAAGCCAAUACUAAUAGAAGGAAGCCUUCAGAGUUGCAAUCGGAUACAGAGUCUGAUUCAGAAACAGAUCCUUGAGCCGUAUUUGGCAAAUACCAAGACACACUGGAUCUUACCAAAUUUACAUUUUUGCUCAUGUAGGAUUAAGAUUGCGCACUCCCUGCUCUUUUUCUUUAUCCUUCUUCCUAUUUUUUGGGUUCAAUUUGUGUGGUUAGUAGCAGUAUUAUUGGGUGUGUCCCAUUAAUUUUGAAGGAUAAGUACACUGCUAACGGAGUUUAUAUAUAGGCCAAAAACCUUAUCUAUGAUUGACAAUUGAAGAUUCGACUGUAAAUUUUAUCGAAUUCUAUACAUGAUGGGCUGGUUUAGGUGCGGUA